AUGGCGCCAAAACAUGGCUUGAAUGGCUCGAGUUCAUCUUCGAAUAAAAGAAUGAAGACAGAGUCUUCCGAGCCAGGUUCUAUAUCCUCUCCUGCCGCUGUUCAAGAGGCGAUAUCCUUCGAGAUUAAGAUACCGCUUAUGGAUCUGGAUAAAAAAGGAAAGGGGUCAAAACAAAAUGCGGAACUGAGAGCACUGGCAGAGGAGCAUAUAUCACCAUUUCAAGGUUUCAAUGCGCCGGAGGACGAACUUAAUUACCAUUAUACUGUUGUGCCAAAUACAGAGUGGGCGGCCAUGAGGAAAUAUAACAACUUCAUAAUCCAAAGCGAUACUUAUAAAAACAAUCAAUUCGUUUAUGUGAAGGGCAAGACAGAAACAGGCACACAACCAAGGGACUUCUGGAUAGCAAGGAUAUUACAGGUUAGAGCUAAAGAUCCGCAGCAUGUCUACGCCUUGGUUGCCUGGAUGUAUUGGCCGGAGGAACUACCAGCGACAGCCAAAGCUGCAGGCGAGACAUCCGCAAGUUCAGGACGGAGGAAAUACCACGGAAAUUCAGAGCUUAUUGCGAGCAAUUAUCUGGAUGUCGUAGAUGUAUUGACCUUCGCAGGAAAGAUAGAUGUUGAACGUUUUUCUGAGGACCUGGAUGAUUAUGCAGUAUCUGAUCCGGAUCCCAGCAAGUUUUACUGGCGUCAGACAUUCUGUCAAGCCACCCAGAGACUUUCGGACUUGCCCGUCUAUUGUAUUUGCAAUGGUCACUAUAAUCCCGAUAAACGCGAGUAUGAGCAUAUUUGUGAUAAUGGAGAUUGCCAAACUCUAUAUCAUUCGGAGUGUUUGAUUGAAGAUGCCCUCAUCAAGCGAUAUCACGAGGAGUACCCAAAUGAAACUGCAACAAAUGGAACAAAACCCAAAGAUAAGAAGAACAAGAAUGGGAAAUCGAAACAGAAGAUAUACUCUAAGGAAUUCAAAGGGGAAUUCGCACAUGAUCAGGAUGAGCAGACUCCACCAAUGAUCAAAAUUACGGACAAGAGAUCGACUCCGCAUACGGUGAUAUUGCAGCGGGUUGCAUGUCCAAAGUGUUCAACUCUAUUCGAAUAA